CGGACUGCGCUUCUUCCUCAUUCACAACCUCAGCAUUCACAACAGCACCGUUUCGAGAUUUCCCAUAGCUUUUGGUAUUUGGAGUGUCAGGAAGCGCUCGUACCUUGUGUCCUUUUCUUCAAUCAUGAGCGCCUCAGGUUCAACGGCGCAACCAGGCGCAGGUUGGGAUGAAGCACAGUGCAUGGCAGCACUUGCGCAGCUCGAGCAGCUACAAGCCCAGAUCGACGACUUGCGUCUUGCGAUACCUAGCAUAAUCGAACCCUUCUCCCAACCACCGAAUCCGUCUACCUUCAAGCUAUAUUCGCAAGGCGUUAUUGGCUCCCAGACCGGCAUAAAAGCUCUGAAUGACACAUGGAGAGCACCAGACGUACAAGAAAUGCUCGCGCACACCAAGAAGAGUUACGAAGCGAAUCCAGAUCUAUCUACAUCCACAUCGGUGCCCUCCCAUGGCUGGAUAGAAAGAGAACGGCGCGAGCGCGAGUCGCGCAAAGGCAAUGGAAAGCAUACAGCUGUUGAAAAUCAGGGUGAUAGGCUGGACAGUGAAAAGAUAUCGCGCAUUAUAGCGGAGAUUCAAGAGGCACAACCCAACGUCAAGCUGGAAGCCCAGAAUGACAAUCGUAGUAUAACCGCUCAGUUUGUGGCCAACUCAAUGAGGCUCUCGUUCAAAGUCAAUAUCGAACGGGAAAACGACACACAGCACAAACUCACCGCAGAGUGCCUAGGGACAUCGGAGCCCUUCUUAUCUAUCACGAGGUGUAUCGCUUCACGGCCGAAUGCGAACGACUUGGCAUCUCUCCUGAACAUGGUUGUUGCAUACAAGACCGUGAAAGGCACAUCGUGUGCCAAAUGCGGGAAACUGCUCGACGAUACCACCCUCAUCCCUACCGCAAGAAGAAGUAGGCAAAUAAUCGGCGCCAACGACACCCUAGAAACCGUCUGGGAAGCAUUGCAUGAAGCCUGCCUAUAAGAGCGAUGCCCCUCGGUACGCCGU